GUUGCUUCUGAUUUUGUUGGCGCCUUCACAGCCCCAGCUUUGGUGUGUGCUUUCUUCUGCAAAAUCCUGUUCCAGGAGCCAAGACACUUUAUGGUGGCCCUGGACUUCACAAGUACAGUUGAUGUUUGUUCAAACUCAAAACACAGUUGUAUCACAUUCCCUUAAAUACUGCGGAGUUUUAGUAAAAAGAAAAAUCCUUUGCAUUUAGCCUUUCCCUGCGUGUUAGAAUGGUUUGAUACACACCUGCCUCUGCUGUGUGAAGUCAAGCUCCUAAAAAAGGACAGUGUGGACCUUAUUUGCUUUUGAACUUCAGAUGCUGUCAGGACUUGGUUCGUGCAAGUUUAUCAAAGAUGAAAGUGACCUUAUCAGCUUUGGAUACUUCUGAGACUUCUUUCACACCUCUGGUAGUCAUAGAACUUGCUCAGGAUGUCAAAGAAGAAACCAAAGAAUGGCUGAAAAACAGAAUUAUCACGAAAAAGAAAGAUGGAGGUGCCCAGCUGUUGUUUAGACCAUUGUUAAAUAAAUAUGAGAAAGAAACACUUGAAAAUCAGAACUUAUAUCUUGUUGGUGCCUCCAACACUAGACUGUUACUCGGGGCAGAAGCACUGGGGUUGGUUAAAGAGUGUAAUGACAACGCCAUGCGAGCCUUCACCUACGGGACACGGCACAACUUCAAAGGUUUUGAUGACAACAAUGAUGAUUUCCUUACAAUGGCAGAAUGUCAGUUCAUUAUCAAACAUGAACUUGAAAAUCUUAGAGCCAGAGAUGAAAAAAUGAUCCCUGGUUACCCCCAGGCAAAGUUAUAUCCAGGAAAAUCAUUAUUGAGAAGACUGCUCACGUCUGGCAUCGUGGUUCAGGUAUUUCCACUGCAUGAUAAUGAAGACCUGAAGAAGCUUGAGGACACCUGGUACACUCGGUUUCCUUUAAAGUGUCAGCCCAAAGAUCAUAUUCGUGGUUACUUCGGUGAAACAAUUGCUCUUUAUUUUGGAUUUCUGGAAUAUUUCACUUUUGCCUUAAUCCCCAUGGCGGUCAUUGGGCUACCUUACUACUUGUUUGUGUGGGAAGACUAUGAUAAGUACGUGAUCUUUGCCUCGUUCAACCUGGUCUGGUCUACAGUGAUCCUUGAAGUGUGGAAGCGUGACUGUGCCAACAUGACCUACAGAUGGGGGACACUGGUCAUGAAGAGACAGUUUGAGGAGCCCCGGCCAGGAUAUCAUGGCGUCCUGGGUAUCAACUUGGUCACAGGCAGGGAGGAACCGCUCUACCCCAGCUACAAGAGACAGUUACGCAUCUACCUGGUCUCUCUGCCAUUCGUGUGCCUCUGUCUUUAUUUCUCUCUAUAUGUCAUGAUGAUUUACUUUGACAUGGAGGACUGGGCCUUGGGUCUGCACGAGGACAGCGGGUCCGAGUGGACCAGCAUCUUGUUGUACGUGCCCAGCAUCAUCUAUGCCAUUGUGAUUGAGAUCAUGAACCGGCUGUACCGAUACGCUGCUGAGUUUCUGACUUCGUGGGAGAACCACAGAUUGGAAUCUGCCUACCAGAAUCAUCUAAUUCUGAAAGUUUUAGUGUUCAAUUUUCUAAAUUGCUUUGCCUCACUCUUCUACAUUGCCUUCGUCCUGAAGGACAUGAAGCUUUUGCGGCAGAGCCUGGCCACUCUUCUGAUUACCUCCCAGAUCCUGAAUCAGAUUGUGGAAUCUCUUCUUCCUUAUUGGCUCCAAAAGAAGCACCACAUGCAGAUGAAGAGGAAGAUGCAGUCUUUAAAGGCAGACAUCGAUGCUACGUUAUAUGAACAGGUUGUUCUGGAAAAAGAAAUGGGGACCUAUUUGGGCACCUUCGAUGAUUACUUGGAGUUAUUCCUGCAGUUUGGUUAUGUGAGCCUUUUCUCCUGUGUUUACCCAUUGGCAGCUGCCUUUGCUGUGUUAAAUAACUUCACUGAGAUUAAUUCAGAUGCCUUAAAAAUGUGCCGGGUCUUCAAACGUCCAUUCUCAGAACCUUCAGCCAGUAUUGGUGUGUGGCAGCUGGCUUUUGAAACAAUGAGUGUUAUAUCUGUGGUCACUAACUGUGCUCUCAUUGGAAUGUCACCACAAGUAAAUUCACUCUUUCCAGAGUCAAAAACGGAUCUCAUUUUGAUUGUAGUGGUGGUGGAGCAUGCACUCCUGGCUUUAAAGUUUAUACUUGCAUUUGCCAUACCUGAUAAGCCACGGCAUAUCCAGAUGAAACUGGCCAGAUUGGAAUUUGAGUCUUUGGAGGCACUCAAGCAGCAGCAAAUGAAGCUCGUGGCUGAGAACCUGAAGGAGGAACCACGGGAAGGCGAGAAGCAGAGGGCGACCUGAGUGCCCGGGCUGCCCGGGCUCAGGCAGAGGGGCUGCCUCGUGGCUCCUGCGCCCAGACACGGCGCUUGGCCCGAUGAGGCGGCUCCUGUGGGGCCGGCACCGCCUCCCUCCGCAGUGUCCCUGCUCGGGCAAGGGGCAGCUGGACCCAGCUUUUGGCUGUCCCCUCACCCUGUCCUGUUCCUGCCGGGUUUCUGCCCAAGCCCCGCGCCCACUCCAGCUGCCUGGCCUGUUGCAGGACUCCUGCUGCCCUGAGCCUCGUGCACCCGCCGAUGAACCACCAGCUCUCCUCGUUGCCCUCGCAGGGGCCACCGCACCCAGCCCGCCAUGGCCCAGGACCCCUGGGGUAGAGGGGCAGGUCGAGGUGCGCCCACUGCACUGUCACCAGAGCCAUUCUGAGGGGCCUUCCUGCUGAGCCUCCACUGAGCUGAGGCUGUAUUUCCAAUACCCGAUGACUCUAAAUACCUCUUCCUGGUUCUGUUUUCCAGUAUGUUACAGGCUCUUUAUCAACAGAACCGAGCUCUUAAAGAUGACUUGCAACAGAACCGAGCUCUUAAAGAUGACUUGCAGCUCUUGAUUCCCCCCCCACACACACACAGAUGGCUCACUCUGCUCUGAAUAGAGCCCUGGGCUGCGUCGUGAAAGGUGGAGCUGAGGAGGGCUUGGCUUGAGGCUGUGCACCUGGGUGCCACUUCCAAGGCCCAGGCCAUUUUCAGAGGUUGUGCUGCCCCUGGAGCCUACCCCUAGGGGGCUGCUGGGAUGGCUUGCCUGCACUCGGCUCCGGGCCUAGGGGCCAGCUGCCAUGGAGCACCUGCCUCCAAGAGGGAUGAGGCUUGGCUUUGCCCAGGGGCCGCUCCCUUAGGUAGGCACCUCAUUCACAGAACAAUAGCCCACAGGGGCCAGUGGUAUCCAGCCCACCAGGGUGCAGACCCUGGGGCCCUUGGCUGCUCCCCUGGCGGUGGUCUAGCUUUGAAAACCACCCCUCAAGGGUCAACCUGGCUUCCUUCUCUCGUGCUUAACAUUCAGCCCAUGAAACAGCCAGCCCCUCCCCACCAGGGCCCAUGUCCCUCACAGCCGGGGCACCACAGACCAGGGGCCCUUCUCCCUGAAAGCUGCAGGUGCCUCGGCAUUGGGGGAAGGUGGGGAGGGACUGAGGGGCCUCAGCUUCCAGACCUGUCUCCUUCACGCAGGGGUCUGGCACCUUAAUACCCUCCUCCACGUCAGGAUGGAAUGGCCUCAGUGGUCCACAUGUCAUGUUUCUGGAAGCCCCAACUCUUCUAGCAGCCUCCUCUUGGUGAUUCAGUUGGUCCUGCUAGACUACCACCAUAUUUGCCAGUGUGGGCAUGUUUAAAUUGGCUUUGCCCUGCCCUGUUUGGUCUGAGGCACUCCAUGGCACAACUUUUCAGUGGUGGUUCAGUGCUUGACAGUCUUUCUAGAACAUGCUUGUGUGCCUCCUUGCCACCAUCACAAUUUGAGCCCUGAGCCCUUAGAUCUGCCUCCUGACCCCAGCCUGGGGGCCGAUGUUUCUGGGAAAAGAAAAGGUUUGGAUGGAAUCCCUGGACCCAGCUUUUCCUCUCCCCUACAGUCAAGCCGGGGGUCCAGUCCCAGGAAUACAAUUGGGUGAUCAGCUCGUCUCCCUCUGAGGCUCAACACCUGUCUCCAGACUGGUCUUACACCAUGAGGUGCCAGCACCCAGCUGGGGUUCUCUGUGCUUGUGGCCUUCCCAGAAGCCUCCCCCUGCCCUUCAUCAGUCUGACCAAGGCAGAAUCACACCAUCCAACCAGGACUAAGCCCCAUGACAGGGAAAUGGAAGCCCUGGUCAGCAUGGACACCCAGGACCCACCUCCCCUGGGACCAGGCCCUGGGCACCGGGCCACAGGGAGGGAGUGGAGGGAUAUGGGAAUCAGUCAGGCUGUGUCAAGAGGGAAGACUGCUAGGCCCCUAAGUUCUUUGUAUCCAGUGAUCCAGUAGGGGCAUCUAGCAUGAGGCAAGUGCCCAGGAGAAGGGCUGGGAGGAAAGGAGGUGCCCUUCAUGGCCCACCUUUUGUAUACCCUUAGUAUCUGAAGCGAUUUGGGAGGCAUCUAGGAUGAUGCUGUCCCACCAUGCCACCUGCACCUGACCUCACGCAUCGUAGAGGGUGCUCUUCAAGCCCCUGGUCGUUCUCCACCUGGCACCAUUCACUCAGCCGGCUCCCUGCCCAUCAGGUCAUCCUCCUCUGACUCCUGCCCAUCUACUUGCCUGUUACUCUUGUUUCUGGCCUCCAUUCAGCCCUCAGACCCAACCCACACCACUACCCUGCUGGCCAUGGGGUCCUUGUGACCCCACUCGCUCUGGUUAUGCUACCUCAGGCCCUCAUGGGGACCCACCCACUACUCCCCUCCUGGACACCCCUGAGGACUCCUGCUGACUGAAAUCCUCUCUCCUUGUUCCUAGCUCACUUUCUCACACACACAGUUGACACGGGCUGGAGGCACUGCCCCCCUUGAACAGAUGGGGCCUCUGGAGGGCCAGCCCUAGCCUGGCUAAGAUAGGGAAACGGUGCAGUGGUGACAGCCUCGGGGUCUCCAACCAGCAGGGCACAGCUAGAAAGGGCUGCAGGCCUCAUUUCUCGGGUGUGAAGGUCUUCGUCCACACUGGUAAACGAGAGGAGACUAAGAGCCUCUCUGAACUCCCAGCCCAGUCUCCAAAAGUUCAAGGAGGCCUGGAAAGAACCUCAGCAGCCUCUGAGAAGCCAGAGCUAGAAGGAGGUGAUGCCAGCCCCGCUCCCCACACCACCUUGCCCCUGCUGGGAGGGCCCGGGGAGACUGCUGGGCUGCAGCGGCAGGAAACUGGGAGAGGCUGCCUCUGCGUUGCCGGUGGUUCUGUGCACCCCAAGGCUGCUGGGCGGGCUGUGCCAUGAGCUCUGCUCUUUGUCCCACUGUGUGGCGCCCAGGGAUAGGUGUCUCCCCAACUAUCACACUCCCCCUUAACUUCCCUCCCUCAAGCCAGGAAAAACAAACUGUCACAGAAUCCACAGAUUGGCAGUGGACCUUGACCCCAGUGCAUCUUGGCCCCAAGUGUGAUUCACUUCUCAGACCAAUUAUGUUCUCCAACACAACCAGCUGUGUCACUGACAUUUAUUGGGGACUCCUGUGGGUGAUUGGGCUGUCACAACCCACACAUGCUCCACCUCUCUCCAGAGCAUGGAAGUUCCCGAGCCAGCGGUCCACAGAGUUCCCAGAACACCCCAUGGUCAGACCUGGGCCUCUGCUGGCAAAGCCCAGCCCCGAGGCUUGCAGCCUCCAGAUGGGUAGGUGUGGGGUGGGGUGGUGGCGUGUUCUCUUCCUCCUGGGGUUCACACUGUCACACUCCCCACCAGCAGCUCGAAAGCUCAGACUUGUUAACAAAUCUUUUUCUUAGUGGCUUUGGUGAGAAAACAAGAAGCAACUGGGUUAGGGACAUGCAGCUGCAGGCCAGGGGCUGCUAUUCACCUUCACAUAUGCUCUGGGAAUCAGUUUCCUCAUUUGUCCCCAUUUUAUAGACAAAGACAUUACAGCAUGUAGGGUUCCGGUGACUUCCACAAGUUCUCACAGCCGUGUGGCUCACUCUCCACAGGCCCUCCUGUGCCAGGAUGGUUUGUGUAUGCCACCGUCCCCAGGCCCUCUCCUCAUCUUAACCCCUGCAGCUCUUGACCUUCUUCCAGCAGGAAAUUCACAAGGAGGAGGAAGGCCAACGUAAACAAAAAGAGGGUCCUGGGACUCAGGUUCUAAUUACCCAGUUGGUUUACAGAUCCCGCGGCCCUGCUAGGACAGAGCGUUGUGCUGUACUAAAGGACUGGGCAAGGAAAUAUUAAGGCACUGGGCUACAAGCUCCACUUCAAACCACAGUGGCGAACUUACAUAUAUAUAUGCAUCUAGUUACCUAACUCACACCUGAACAAUUCAAUUUCCAUGACACUCUGGUCCUAAGGGAUGGCAGAUGUGCAGAUGAGACCGGGGGGACAGCUGACUAUAGCUCCCAAUGAGAGACCAUUUGGACUCAGGGGCCUAGAUCCAGUCUCACAUUUCCCAAAGAAUUCCAGAGUGUUGAAGCUAACCUGGGCUGGUCAUUCCUUUGGGACCUGCUGUCUGGGAGGAAAUUAGGAUUGGGGAACAAGUGGCUCUUAGCCGCCAAGAGGCUUAUGGCCUCUUAGGAAUUAAUACCUGAAAAUGGUACUUCAAUGUAUGUGUGUUAGAAGCCUGGCAAAAAUCUGGACACACACUUUAGAUGGAAGUCAGCCACAAGGUGGAGUUGAUUUGGGUUAUUAAUGCAAAUCCUGACUGGUGUCCUUCCUUUAGCUGCGGCCCAAGUGCCAGGGGUCAUAGGGCCAUUUAUAGUUGUGAGCAGCUGCUAGAGCAAACUGCCCAUCAGUGGACAGGCAGAGACACCCCAAGAUGGCAGGCAGUCAGGCAGGUCCUAGAAAGCAGUCACCUUACCAUAGCAAAGAUGGCCUCCCCAUCUGUACUUACCUGACUCGGUUAUCCCCUGCAAACGUUUCUCCACUGCAAAACUGUUAUUCCAGUGAUUUUUCUUUCCUAGGUGGAAUCUUUUUCAGGAGCUGCUAUUUAAAGGUCAAAUGCAGAAAACCAGCUGUAAUCUGAACAGCCUAGCUGAGGCGCAAGCAUGUAAAAAGAGGCUCAUGUAGGGCUCCACCCCAAAGAAAACCAUGGCCCCUGUUUGCUUUAAAAGUAGCUCCCUCUCCCAAUCCCAAAUGGAAGUCCCCUCACCUCCCAACCCACCUUUUUUUCCCAUUGCAGGUGAAGCAAUAAAGUUCUUGCUCUGCUUUACCC